UUUUUUUUUUUUUAGCCCAUUUGGAGUUUCUUAAGUGAGUUAUGUUUCUAGUUUCCACAUAAUGGGCUGCUUUUCGUCCAAGCAAGUACCGAGAACGCCUGGCUAUGAAGAGCCCACCGUUCUUGCCGCUGAAACACCUUUUACAGUGAGCGAAGUAGAAGCCUUAUAUGAGCUUUUUAAAAAGUUGAGCAGCUCAAUAAUUGAUGACGGUCUUAUUCACAAGGAAGAAUUUCAGCUCGCACUCUUUAGAAACAAGAACAAGAGGAAUCUUUUUGCAGACAGGAUUUUCGAUUUAUUUGAUUUAAAACGCAACGGGGUUAUCGAGUUCGGGGAAUUUGUUCGAUCGUUGGGUAUUUUUCACCCUAAUGCACCUGUGGAAGACAAAAUUGCAUUUGCUUUUAGGCUGUAUGAUCUGAGACACACAGGGUACAUUGAGCGAGAAGAGUUGAAGGAGAUGGUGUUGGCACUUUUGCAUGAAUCAGACCUGACACUUUCAGAUGAUGUGAUUGAAACAAUUGUGGAUAAGACAUUUAGUGAUGCAGAUACAAAAGGUGAUGGGAGGAUCGACCAAGAAGAGUGGAAGGCUUUUGUAUUGAAACAUCCGUCUUUGAUGAAGAACAUGACCCUACCAUAUUUAAAGGAUAUAACGUUAGCUUUUCCUAGCUUUGUAAUGAACUCGGAAAUGGAAGAUUCAGAUGUGUAAAACAUAAAAUAACAUCAAACAAGGUGCCAACACCAUACAUCAUGUAUCCGAAAAUGGCUACUGUUUCUUCAUGUGUGUCGCGUUUGUGAAAGCAAUUCGGAUUCGGACAUUGAACAAUUCCAUCUCUGAGAUAAUGAAAACUACGAGGAGCUGAAACAAUGGAGCCAUUACUUGAGAUGCAAGUUACCACGGCGAUCUGCAAGUUCUGUAAAUAAAGUUCACAUAUGUGCAAAUGUUUUCAUUCUGAACGUCCUCCUUCUUGUUAAUGUUUUUUGGAGCAUAAGAAGAAUUUUGACUAUAUAAGGGGAAAAAAAAAAUGGUGCACAAGAGUUUUUAUAAGAAGACCUUUGCUUUCAG